CGAAGCGUUAGGUCGUUUGUCAAUACGACGAUGGGUAGAGUAACGGUAGGUGAACAUACGCGGGAGGAUUCCAGCGUUUCGCUGUUUGUCACGCCGGAUUUCCCUCGCACCAAGCUAUACCGUUGGACAAUGUAUAUUUGUAUCUUUAUUGGAUUUUCACUCGAUCGGGGGCAAAAACUUUAUCCGUUUGUGUUUGGUCUCUCGGUAGAUUUUUCCCUGCAAUCGGUUUUUAAUUUGAUAGAUAACUGAGUGGAAAUAGUUUGUUGGAAACUAUUUUGAUGAAUAAAUUCCUGUGAUGAGAGGAUUAAAUAUUUCUGCAAUUACUUAUCUCCUGAUGUCUCAGUGGUCAAUCAAGACUUGACAAAGAUAUUGUCGUAGCGUAGGUCCUUGCAGAAAAACCCCCAGAGCUUUAUGCAACACCGGGUGCAGGAGUCAACGGCUAACCGGGAAAAAAUGAUAUUCCGAUAAAUUGCUAGAUGGCUGUAACGAAUGAGAAGAAUCGAGAAUAUCCCAAGGGCCACGCGCCCGCAGAAGGGUAGAACGAGGCAGGAGUUAGGUCUGAAUAUAAAGAGAGUAUACAAGGCCGGAAAAGGGUAGAACAAGGGGGUAUGUCCAGUUAACAAGGACAAAAAGCUGAACCAGUACGACUGCACACGAACACGAAAAGUAAAAGAGACAGUGAACAAUAGCCUUGAUAAAGGAGGACAGAAUGCAAACUGACCCACCACAGGAGGAACAAGGAUAUCCAACACGGGAGAGAGGGAGAGAGAGAGGAUGAUUCCAACGAGAAGAGUUCCGCCGAAAGACAAAACGACAAGAGCUGAUGAGCGUGUGAGGAGGAUAAAGUGACCAAUUGGUUAAACGAAGAGAGGCACAGGGGCCAAGCCUGUGGAUGAAGCUGUGUGGUUGAAGUGAGGUGGUAAAAGAUAGAAAGCACAGAGGGAGUGGAAAGAACGUUGAAUGAAGUGAGAUAGAAUCAGGUGGCUGAUGUCGAAAGGGUGGUGGAAAGCAGCGUGCGGUUCUGUGGUGGUGGUGGGGUUGAGACAGGAUGAUGUUGGAGGAGGAUGGAAGAGAUGGGUAUAGGUUAGGAGGGGGAUGCUGCGUGUGUUGGCAUGGACCAGUGCGUCAACGGCUGUUGCCUCAUACGUACCGCCCCAAAAUUAUAGUUAGUGGUCCAUCGGGCAUACCCUACGAUACAACCGGCAAGUGGAAGACGAUUUACAUCGACCAUUACCACCUUUUCAUUCUUGAGAUUAUCUUCCCUGACGAUUGAUCGUCAACAUCCGUAGAUUUGAAAAAAACGAACUCGCAUUUGUGUGUUGUGAUUAGAAUUGGAUUCACCAGGAAUUUGUUACGUGUUAUGUAGAGUGCGAUCGAGUGAUAAAUAAAGGGAGAUGUGAUAUGGAGAAAGAUGCCCUAGAGGGGAUUUACCCUGGAGUUGGUCAGACGGUCAAUGGGAAUUAUAAUAAACUAAUCCACCAGUGAAUUGUUAAUGAGGAAAAUAGUGACUGAAAGUUCGUUUCCGGGGACUUGAUAUUCGGGAAAUGUAGGUGUAAUCAUCCAGACGAUAAUUCAGAUGGUGAUGACCCUGGAAAGGGCUGGUAAGAAGCUCUGAUCCUUGAUAAGGAAUAUUCCCGAGGGAGAUGAGAAUAUCCGAAAUACGAGAAAGAGAUUUGAAUGCGAAGUUAAGCAGUGAGUGUCUCAACCGUCGCAACAGUGGAAAAGGACUUCCAGUAUCAGACGCAUUGGAAAAAGUUGGAAUUAACAGCGGUAAACAACUCCCCGUCACGAUAUUGAUCAUCAUCACGAGGAUUGUCAUCUUCAAGCGAUCUCCGAUGACGUUAAUUGUGCCGAGGAUGUAAGUCUCAAUCAACCCUCAAAAUUCAGACCCAAAAGUCAAACCCUUGCGAUAAAUAUCCGCGCAACAACGUGGUCAUACCGAAAAAGCUUAACCACGUGCCACUUUGACACGCGGUAUUCCGUGCGUAGACCGUGUGGGGGGUUUGAAUCGUACACCCCCGCGUUCUUUUCCCCUAUUUUUUUCCACUCCCACCACGGCAACAUCACUCCAACCCUCUCACUCACCCCCAUGCAUUCAAUAUCGUUUGGUCUUUCCCCUCUGUUCCAUUCUGCCAACACAUCACCAGCCUUCAACUGCUCGCGUGGUACUUUUUUCCCCUAUUUUCGUCGUACUCACUUGCUUUUUAUUCGCCGCUCAGCUUUCAUUCGCUGUAUAUCAACAGCCGCGUGUCACCAGCCAGAUGACGUAUGCUAAAAUUAGUGAAUGAAUGUUGACGUCACGCGACGAGUGCCAGACUGGCAAUUGAGUGGUGUUCUUGACUGAUUGAAAUUGGUUUUUUUUUUCUUCACUCAAGCUGAAGGACACGAUUAUCACUGAUGGUUGUUGAUGGUAUCGUCAAUAACACGGGGACACUUUAAUUUGCAGUUCGUUAAACAAUUGUUGAUAAUGUCAAUCGCAAUGAAGAUCAAAGUUCUGGACGUCCGUAACAAAAUCGUCAAUAAAUUACUUCCAUAGAUUGAAAUCUGAUUCAGAAUCGAGUGGUUAAGGAAGAAAAGCAAUCAGCCGUCGGAAGAUCGUGAAACGAUGAUUACAAUGAACUUGAGACACCGUGGGCCCCUCUAACCAGAUGCUCUGAUUGCCUAUGGAUAUAUUCGGCCGUUGUAAUGGGCCUGGUGGUAGUGGUGGAGCAAUAACAGGAACAAGUGGUACCGUACGAACGGCUACAGUCGCCGAUUCAGCGACAGCGAGUGGAAACGAAACGGUCGAGGCUAACGGAACAGGUGGCAGAAUGCAAUUGACUGGUGCAUCGGCUCCUGGGACAGCGGCAUCACCCGAGUCCGGGGUAUCACCGCUAGCUGAUGCCUACACCAAGAUGACAACGGAUAUAUUGACGGAGAGAACACUGGGUGAUUUUGUCAGUGAGCAUCCGGGCGAGCUUGUCAAGACAGGAUCUCCUCACUUAGUCUGCACUGUAUUACCCGCUCAUUGGAGAUCCAACAAGACCCUACCAGUAGCAUUCAAAGUGGUAGCACUGGGAGAAGUUGGUGACGGUACAUUAGUGACUGUCAGAGCGGGUAAUGAUGAAAAUUGCUGCGCCGAACUGAGAAAUUCUACGGCGUUAAUGAAGAAUCAAGUAGCUAAGUUCAAUGAUCUGAGGUUCGUUGGACGAAGUGGCAGAGGAAAGAGCUUUACCCUGACGAUAACCGUUUCCACGUCUCCCCCUCAAGUGGCAACGUACACCAAGGCCAUCAAAGUCACUGUGGAUGGGCCACGAGAGCCGAGAUCCAAGACCAUGCUAUCAUUUCUAGGGCAUCAACAACAGUUUCACGCAUUCGCUUUUGCGUCACAGCGGGGAACACCCUUCUUUGCAUCACCUCUGGUCGAUUCACUUCAACCACUACCAAAUCCACUCCAACCACUGCCGAAUCCACUGCAACCGAGGGAUCCACUGUCGUCAUUUAGACACGCGAUGCCCGGAAAUUGUCAGAACAUGUCUCAGUUUGGAUUGACAGCUGGCAACUCCUGGGGUUAUGGCAGUACAGCGGGUUACGCUGGUUACUUGCCUGGCCCAUUGUCAUCCUGCGCUGCUCAAGCACCAUUUCCACCACCACCACCACCACCACCUCCACCACCACCACCAACGUCUACCUUGGCUUCUUUCGCUAGUUCAACGGGAAUGAAUACACCAACGGCCCCCGAUUCCACGGCCGGGACUACUUCGUCGGGUAACAGCAGUCGAGCACCACAACAAGAUGCUUUUUCAGCAGUGUCCUCAUUGGUUCCAGAUACAACAACCCCCGGUCAAACCGAUCCCCUGGAUCCCCUGUCUUCUCUGAUGUCCGGUACAGCCAGUCAAAGAUACCAAGACUACGUAUCACCGAGAUCUCUGUCGACCGAUUCCAACACAACUGAUAGUCCCGUUCACGAGGAGGGCUUCGGUCAAAAUUACAAUUACUUUCCAACACCGGGUGUUCUACCGAGUAUCCUAUACUCGCAGAUCUACGGAAAUCAGUUUCAAAAUUCCGAGAGCCCCGAACAAACGGCCGUCGCCGAGAGUUGCAGUGUUAGACAAGAGGAAGUUAGACCGGAUAAUAAUGUAUGGAGGCCGUACUGAAAAUUAAUAAAAUAGAGUGAACAUUGGUGCUUGUGAAAUUACGGUGUUAUUUAAUUUGAGAGCAUCAACUGACUCUCAUCAAUGUAAAUUUCAUAAACUUUGAGGCUAACAAAGUCGAUUAAAAAAAAAACAACACUUGGGCAUUAAACCUUGUAAUACGUAGGGCGUGAGAUGAAUUUCAACGCUUUAAAAAGUCAGAGGCGAUCUUAGUGGUACCAUUGAUUUAAUUGGUUGUGUCCCCCGGUCGUCAUCGAUAUCAUUAUCGAACAAUAAACUGAGUAUUUGCGGAUGAGACUCAGCAAGGUAUGAAGAGUGAGAUUUAAUCAUGAGAGUGAGACUGAAGCAUGUAAAUAAAAAAAUGAAGUUGUAAAUAUAGAAUAUCCGGGGAAGCAGAUACCAAAAAGAAAACCGACAAAAGCAGAAUGCAUUUUACAUUUUACGUUUUCAUAGUAUAUUUGUGUUAUUUAAUAUUUGGAUCACGUGCAAUAUUCGAUCAUUGUCUUAUUGAUAAUUUUGUUGAUUAAUUUUCAUAGCCAUAAUUAACAAUUUUCCUGUGAAGCAUGUAAAAGCCUGACAACUAGCUUCUGAAUUCUACCGAAGUGAAUGUCUUGAAAAAAAUUACGAAACAAUUACACUGACGAUUGAAUAAAUAAUUUCGCAUAUACAUAUCUACCGACUAUUGUUGUCGUAGUUUUUG